CUGCUGCUGCUCGGCAUUCAUUCUGCCCUCAGUUUCCCCAGGUGAAAGGUAUUUUAACGCUCAGUCACAGAUCAUGUUCAGUUGAUAAAAAGCUUUUUUUUGUUUUUCAUUGGAUUGGCGAGAAAAACAUUUAUAGCUUUUGCCUUGCACAAUGGAACCUGCUCCUAAGAAAGCCAAACUAUCCAAUGUCCUGAUUCGCCUGUGUGAUGCCUUCACUCGUACUGACGGAAACAUUAUUUGCCCUCUCAUCAAAGCAGAAAACUCCGUCCGUGUUCUCUACAAACUGCAGAAAAAGGUUUUACUCAGAAUUGUUCAGAAAGCUGGUGCCGCAAAUAGGCUCACUGACCCAACCUUUCUGUGGAAAUCAGCAGCCUCGGGCAGGAAGAUGGAAGGCAAUUUAUUUGUUGAAUAUUCCACUUCUCAGAGUUUUAAGGAAAACAACCUGAAACAAUACCAGAAAACAAUGGCACAGAAAUUGACAGAGGAGUCAAAAGUAAAACACGUUUUGAUUGAUUGUGUUAGAGACACAGAAGAGAUAAUUCCACAGCCGAUAAUCUCAGAAACCAGUUUUGAACUCCACAAGCUUAAACUGUGCUAUGAAGGCCUUAUGGAAAUCUCCAAAGAGUUUGACAAAGAACCGGAUCUUAUUGUAGCCGCUGAUACCAUCAAAUCCAAUUUAGACGAUUUAAGAGGACAAUAUACAAAGUUUGCAGUUCUGUCUCAGAAUGGAAAAGGGAAGAGCUUCAUCCUUAACCUGCUCUUACUCCUAACAGCGGAUAAUGAAAAAGAAUAUAGGCAAAAUAAUCAGAACUUAAAGUUGCCAUAUAAUAUUGAAGAAAACAAAACAGUGGAAGAGACUGAAGAAGAUGAAUAUCUGCCAGAUGUGGUAAAAGAUGUUCUAAAAACAGCAGCAGACAAGAAACAACUUGCCAGAGCUGUAAUAGAACCUUUGUGCUGUCGGCUCCCAAGGAUUGUCCAACAAUCAAACAAUUCAUUUUCAAAUUUGGCAACCUAUUUUUCUACAAGGAGCAGAAUAGAUGUAGAACCCUUCAUCCUUGCUCAGAAGGAGAUUGAGGGAAGCUAUGAAUCUACUACAAAAUGCAUCAUUCAUAUGAGAUACGGCACAGUUUACCAAAUGAGCGUGAAUUACUUUACAGAAGAAGAACUUCAACAGCAACUGUUUGAUUUGGUGACUUUGAAUGAAGACUCUUCAAGUCAGAUGGAUGAAUUAAAUGAACAUAUAAAAGAACGAGCUCUAGAGUGCUUGAAGGCUCGGUUUGAAAUUCUAACUGAUCAUGGAAUUCCCAGUGAUUUACAGGAAAUGAAAGGCAAAUUUCAGUCUUUUAAAGAUAUUGUUCUGUCGGAAGAUGUGCAACAGUUUGCAGGAAAAACAGAAUUAUAUAUCGGCAAUGGGAGAAAUGCCCUGGUUGAUCGGCUGGCUAUGCAGGCUCUUGUAAGGCAAUUAACAACUUCCCAAGAGGAAGACAAGGACAAAGCUGAUGAAUACAAAAAGAGAAUUGCCGCUGUCAAGGAAAUAGUCAUUUACUUGCCCAGCAAAAUAUUGUAUGGUGGCAAAGAAAUUCUGGAAAUGCCAGGAACUGAUGAUUCUGACCCAAUAGCAAUGGAUUUUAUCAAAACUGCUUUGAAUGAGGUGGAUGCAGUCAUUGUUGUAAGUGAUUUUGCUUUCAAGAUUGCCGAAAAAGAAGUGAAAGAUAUGCUGUUUGGCAGUGGUUUUGCAAACUACUGGAAAGAAAACCCCUGCAAUUAUAAGCUCAUGCUCCUUGCAUAUCCAGAAAAGAACCUAAAGUGGCAGUUUGGAAAGGAUGACUCUGAAAUUAUUAAGAAACUGGCAGAAGAAGAAAACAAGAAAAGAAAAGCAGAGCUGACUUUGAUCAGCAAAAUGUUGAAGAUGGACACUUUACCGGAGGACUUGAAGAAUAGCAUCAUUACAGCAUACAUAUUGCCUGUAUUGCACACAUCUAUCCUAGCACAAAGUAUAGAACAGGGAGAAGAAUAUAGAGUCUUUCAGAAGAAUCAAACAUUUUUGAAAUAUACUGGAAUCAGCAACCUCAUAACUAUAAUUGAUGAAUUUGUUUCAUCAAGACAAAAUGUAACCAGUGCUACUAAAGAGGUAGAAGCACAGCUUUCACAAUUUCAUCGAGAAAUCCAUUCUGGAAGCUAUACAGAAGCAGCGAGAUCAGUUCUGCAUGUGCUAAACAAUAGGGAAUCCAGAAACAUUGUAGAGUCUGAAAUUGGGAAAAAUAUUGACGAAUUGUUGAUUGACUUUGAUAAGAGAAUAAAAGAGGCCCUCUGUGAAGUUGUAGAUACUAUGGUGGAUGCAGUCUUAAAAGAAAAUCUCGUACAGGCAAAAAGAAACUGGAAAGGGCAUAAGCACAGAAUUCAAUCAGUUGGGGUUUUCAAUCCUCACUUUUGUGGAAGAAAUCCUGUGUACAAGGUGCUACUAUACAGUGUUUUCUUUGAUGACCUGGAAGACAAAAAAAUACAAAUUUUCCAGGAAAUUAAAUUCAGAAUUGAGGGAUUACGCAACAAAUUCAAGAGAAAAAUCCUGCAACAGUGUACGAAAGAUUUAAAUAAGCGGCUAGAAGAUAACCAUGAUCUCCAUGAUCCUUUCACUUUGAAAUUUGUCCAAGAUACCAUUGAAAGUCAACUGGAUGAGGCAUUGGCAUGGUAUUUAGGAAAGAAAAGGCGCCCUUUUAAUGGAAAAACAAUGAAAAAAUGCUUUGAAGAGAGUCAAAAUCUAAGUUUCAAAAAAUACAUACUCUUACCAAGUUACAGAAGCAACAGUUCUUUGGAAAUUGCAAAGCAAAAUACUGAAAAAAAUAUGGAAAUUUGUAUAAUGGAGAUAAAGAAACUUUUUCUACAAAAGCUAUUUUCUCUGCACAAGGAGCGAUUGAAAAGCCUUUAUGGAAAACUCAUGACGCCUAAAGGAACUUCUAAGAUGUGGCAGCGGCUGGUGCACCAAAUGAAACUGAUUUCCAAAGACAGAGACCAUCGAAAGCCCUCAGAGAUCCUUGAUGAUUUCAUUCAUAUGAUGUCCGCAAACUUUAAUGAACCCUAACUGUUAUGGAGAUUCUCAAAUCCAUGAAGAAAUGGCCAGAGAGAAAUGGAAAACAACAUUUUAUAAAUAUUGUUUAGACUUUAUUAGUUUUUGUAGUUUGUUCAUGUUUUAUAGAGACACACUAUUAGCAGGUGGCAGUUCCAGGGUCACCACAGCACAUUAACACAGUCAAUAAACACAGGUGCUCAUCACUUUCA